AUGUGGGUCAUCGGUGCUUCAUUUCUGCGCACCAAGCGACAGUACCUCGCUGCAAUUUUAGCAAACCUAUCGGUAACAUGCACCGGCUGUGCGAUGGCCUGGACGUCCCCGGUGGAGUCGAAACUUCUCCAUAUGGAAUCUUCGCCACUGUCGAUUGUACCGACCGACACGCAACUCUCCUGGAUCGGAUCCAUUCUGGCGCUCGGGUCUUUGGUCGGACCACCCAUUGCUGGCUAUGUGGCACAUCGGUUUGGCCGCAGAAUGGCGCUACUGGCCAGUGGGGUACAGUUUGCCGUCGCGUUUAUCCUGUUCUUGACCGCGGCAUCCGUGGCACAGAUCCUGGUGGGACGGUUUGUACAAGGCUGUGCUAUCGGGUUCGCUCUGAACACUACGCCCCUGUACGUGUGCGAAAUUGCCACGUCUAACCGUCGGGGGACCCUUGGGUCUUUGCUGCAGGUCUGUAUGACCGCCGGGAUGUUGUUUGUGUACGGUGUCGGUCCGUACGUCAGUUACGCUGCCAUGCAGUACAUCAUGAUGGUGGUUCCGGUGCUGUUCUGUGUUACCUUCAGCCUGAUGCCCGAGACACCACACUUUUACGUCGCGAAGGGCCGCUAUGCGGACGCCUCCCGGUCGCUCGCGUAUCUGCGAGGGGAACCGAUCGAACAGCUGGAGGAUGAGUACGGAUCGAUUCAAAGGUCGGUGGAAGAGUCCAUUCGGAACCAGGGCACGCUGAAGGACCUGUUCCGCGAUCAUGCCAACCUGCGCGCCCUGUUCAUCUGCACCAGCAUCAUUAUCCUGCAGCAACUGUCCGGCAUCAAUCCGGUGCAAUUCUUCACGCAGACCAUCUUCGAGAAGACGGGCAGCUCGGUGAAACCGGAACUGGCCGUGAUCAUCAUCGGGUGCGUCCAGGUGUUUGCCAGCAUGGUCACAGUGCUCACGCUGGAUAAGUUGGGCCGUCGUCCUUAUCUGUUGAUCUCGUCCGGUGGCAUGUGCUGUGCACUGGUGGCGCUCGGAACCUACUUUUAUCUGGAUGCCAACAGCAUGUCGUACUCGGAAGGUCUGCUCGAUCGCAUCGCCUUUCUCCCGGUCCUGUCGUUGGUCGUGUUUACCGCCUCGUUCUGUCUUGGAUUCGGUCCGAUCGCCUGGCUGCUGAUUGGGGAAAUGUUUGCGCCGAAUAUCAAGCAUCUCGCAUCCUCGGUCGUAUCCAGCUCGUGCUGGUGUGCGGCCUUCUUCGUCCUGUUCUACUUCAACACGCUCGACGAGGCCAUCGGCACGCACUGGCUGUUCUGGUUGUUCGCCAUUUGCACGGCCGGUGCUUUCGCGUUUACGUUCGUGUUUGUGAUCGAAACCAAGGGCAUGUCACUUCCGGAGAUUCAGGCGCGCCUCAACGAAACCGCACCGGUCGCCAACGAUAAGGCAAAGUACGACGAGAAUCGAAGUGUCUAG